AUGGCCGCGGACCUCGCGCAGCGGAACCUCGUCGCGGCGAUCCUGCGCGCGCACCACGGCGAGGCCUGCGCCGCCGUCGGCGACAUCUUGCUGAAGCGCUGCGACGGCGUGUCGCUGAAGGAACUGGAGCGCCUCCUCGACGCGAAGCACCGGCCGUCGGCGCGGCUCGCCCUCGCCGUGCUCGCGCAGCACGGCUGCGUCGUCGCGCGCGCCGGCGGCGCGGCGGAGCCGCAGCCCGGCGACGGGCGGAAGAAGGCGCCGCGGCGGCGGCGGCCCGACGACUACCGCCUCGACGCCGACGCCGUGCUCGCCGUGCCGCGGCGCGCGCGGACGCUCGCCGCGGCGCGCGGCGACGCGGGCGACGACGCCGCGGCCGUGCUCGAGCACCUCAUGGACGUCGGCGUCGCGUCUACGGCGACGCUCGCGCUUUGCCUCGGCGCGGAGCACCGCGGCCGCGCGGAGCGAGCCUUAGAGGCGCUCGCGGCGCGCGCGCUCGUCGUGCCCGCCUUCGGGUCCGACGCCGGCGCGGCGCCGACGGCGGCGCUCUUCGAGGCCGAGGAGGCGCGAAGCGCGCCGCGGACGCCCGACGACGCGCGCGACCGGUUCGCGCGCGACAUGGCCGCGUCCCUGAAAGCCGCGCGGGGCGCCGCCGACGGCCGGCCCAACGGCCGCAAGCGGCCCCGCGACGAGGACGCGGGCGACGGCCGCUGCUGGCGGCCGGGCGCCUUCGAGGCGCGGCGCGCGCUGCUCCGCGAGUCCUGCGUGUCGCUCGUCGGCCGGAAGCUCAACCCGGUCAUGCGGCGGAUAGGGGAAGCUUUAUUCGGGCUCCGGGCGGUGCGCUGGCCGCGGCAGCGCGGCGACGGGUCCCUCGAGCCGGACGUCGAGGCCGGCGAGACGGAGGCCGACGUCGCGGACCGGCGGCGCGCCGCGGAGGACCGGCGGGGCGUCGGCGUCGGCGAGAUCCACGCGGAAUUGCGGAAGACCGGCGCCGCCGUCGACAAGGCGACGAUCGCCCGCUACCUCGAGGCGCUCCAGUACGACCAGGUCGCCUUCGUGUCCAAGCUCGCGGGCGGCCGCGGCGACGACCGGUUCCUCUUCGAGGCCGCGCGGUGCCUCGACCACGUGCGCCGCGAGACGCUCCACGCGCUCCUCGUGGACCGCUACGACGCCGAAUCCGCGCGGCUCCACCGCGUGCUCAUGCGCCACGACGCGCUGGAGCAGGGCGACCUCGCGGAGCGCGCGCUCCUGCCGCCCAAGGACGCGCGCGAGCGGCUCUACCGCAUGUUCGACGCGGGCCUCGUGACCUUCGCGGAGGUCGCCAAGGCGCCGGACAAGCCCGGCGCCAACGUCUUCCUCUGGGCCGUCCGGGCGCGGGACGCCUACGCCGUCGCGCUCGCGGACGCGCGCGCGGCCAUGGCGGCGCUCUACGCGCGGCGCGCCUUCGAGUACCAGGACAAGGGCAAGGGCCUCGUCGACGAGGACUUCGACGACCCGGAGGGCGCGUCCACGGCCCAGUGGUCGAGGUCGCGGAGCGAGUCGACGGCGCGCGAGAUGUCGCUCGGCGUCUCCAGGCCCGCGACGGACCGCAUGAUCGGCGACGAGCCGUCGACGGGCGGCGGCCGGCGGCCGCCGCGGCGCCGCGGCGGCCGCGCGGUCACGGGCGUCGCGCUCGCGAGGAACCGCGACGUCUCGCGCCGCGUCGUCGCCGGCUCGCCCGCGCGGCGCCGGAGCAGCUCCGCCGCCGUCACGAAGCCCCCGGGCGCCGCCUCCGGCGGCCCGUCGGAAACAUCGACGUCCGCGACGCGCGCGCGGCGCCGGUCGACGGAGUCGCGCGCGGCGAGCUGCGGCGACGCCUCGACGAGCGCCGACACGACGUUGUCCAGCGCCCGGAUCUCCACGAAGGGCACGCGCGCGUCGACGGGCGCGUUGCAGUUCGGGCAGCUCCGCUUCCGCCGGAGCCAGGGCGCGAGGCACGCGCGGCAGAAGACGUGGCCGCAGGGCACGGCCGCGCAGCACGCCGCCGCCGUCGAGCAGCAGAUGCUGCACUGGAGCUCCGACGCGAUGGCCGCGACGGCCCGCGCCGCGGCGUCCCGCGGCCUGGGCGCGGGCGUCUCCGGCGGCGCCUUCGCCGCGGCCGCGCCCGGCGGCGGCGGCGGCGCGGACUCGGGCGCCUCGGCAAAAAACGCCGCCAUGGAAGCGCUCCAAGCGCUCUUGGAAGACGCCUUCGCGUCCCACGCCGACAAGCCGGCGCUCCUGCAGCCCGACGGCGCCGCGAUCACCUUCGGCGAGCUCGAGGGCCGCUGCGCGGCCCUCUGCGCGCAGCUGUCGGCGGCGGGCGCGCGCGCGCGCGCGAGCGUCGUCUUCGACACGACAAACGCAGACCGCGCGUCCGAGGUCGUCUCCCGCCUCGCGUGCCUGCGCCUCGGCGCGGUCUGGGUGCCCGUCGACGGCGGCGCGGCGGCGGCCGACGACGACGCGCGGCCCGCGUGCCGCUGCCGCGUCGUCGAUGGCACAUUCGCCGUCGACGCCGUCGCCGACGCGGCCACGUGGCCCGCGGACGCUCUUUACCUGCUCCGGACGUCCGGGACGACCGGCGGCGCGAAAUUCGUCGCGGGCUCGGCGAAGGCGACGCUGCACCGCCUGAAAUGGCAGUGGGACCGCUUCCCCUGGCGUGAUGACGACGCCAUGCUCCUGCGGACGCCCGCGACGUUCGUCGACUCCGUCGCCGAGGUCUUGGGAGCCGCGCUCGCGGGCGCGCCCGGCGCGUGCUGCGGCGGGGACCUCGGGGACCUCGUCCGCGCCGCCAAAGCGACGAAGGCGACGCGCGCCGUCGUCACGCCGUCGAUCCUCGCCGUCGUCCUGCGCUCGCUCGACGCGGCGGGCGCGACGCUCGAAGAGCGGCUGCCCGCUUUACAAUUCUGGACGGUCUCGGGCGAGGCGACGCGCGCGACACUCGUCGACGACUUUUUGCGCCACGCGCCCGGCGCGACGCUCGUCAACGUCUGGGGCUCCACGGAGACGGCCGCGGACGCCUGCUUCCACGUGCUCCUCGGCCCGGGCGCGGCGCCGCGCGGCCGCGGCGACCCCGCCGUCGGCUUCCCGCUCACGGCCGCCGUCCGCGUCUCCCUGGACGGCGGCGAGGCGCGGACGGGCGACCGCGGCGCGUUCGACGACGCGACCGGCGCGCUCCGGAUCCUGGGGCGCGUCGACGACGUCGUCAACGUGCGCGGCGUGCGCGUCGACGCGCGCGCCGUCGAGGCCGCGCUCGGCGCGGGCGUCGUCGUCGUCUUCGUCGACGGCGGCGACGCGAGCCGCGGCGCGCUCGUGGCCUUCGCGGGGCCCGGGGCCGCCCCCGACCUCGCGGCGGUCGCGGCGGCCGCGCGGCCGUCGGAGGUCGUGCGCCUCGACGCGCUGCCGCGCGGGUCCGCGGGCAAGGUCGACCGCGCGGCGCUGCGGCGCCUCGCGGAGGCGAAGCGCGGCCUCGACGCGCCGGCGCGGCGGCUCCCGGGCGCGCCGCCGGCGCCGGCCGACGUGUCCGCCGUCGAGGCCUGGCUCCGCGAGCUCUACGCGGCGCUGGCGCCCGGCGACGGCGACGACUUCCUGCGGCGCGGGGGCACGAGCCUCGGCGCCGUCGAGGCGGCCUGGCGCGUCAACGACGCCUUCGGCUGCGACGCGGCGCCGGCGGACGUGCGGCGCGUCGCGGACCUCGCGCGGCUCCGCGCCGCGGUCCGCUGCGGCGGCGACGUCGUCUUCGGGUCCCACGACAACCGCGUCUACCGGGUCUCGCGCGCGGGCGCGCGACGGUGGGCGAGCGGCGACCUCGGCGGCGCGGUCUACGCGAGCCCCGCCGUCGCCGGCGACGUCGUCGUCGCCGCGACGACGGCCGGCGCGUUGGUCGGCCUCGACGCGGACACGGGACAUCGGCGCUGGGCGCGGCGGAGCGGCGCGCCCGUCUACGGCACGCCGGCGCUCGCCGACGGCGUGCUCUACUACGGCGACGUCGGCGGCGCGGCGCGCGCCGUGAGCGCCGCGGACGGCGGCGGCGUCUGGGUCUUCACGGACGGCGCGCGGACGCCCGUCUACGCGCCGCCGCUCGUCGCGGGCGCCGCCGUCUACUUCGGCGACGACCGGGGCCGCCUCGCGCGGCGCCGCCGCGGCGACGGCGCCAAGGAGUGGACGGCGGCGCUCCCGGGCAAGCUCUUCGCGGCGCCCGCGCGCGUCGCGGCGGUCCUCGUCGCCGCGACGACGGGCGGCGUCGUCGUCGUGCUCCGGGAGGACGACGGCGCCCUGCUCGCGCGCGCGCGCCUGCCCGCGGAGGUCUUCUCGACGCCCGUCGUCGCCGGCCGCCGCGUGCUCCUCGGCUGCCGCGACGACCACCUCCACGCGCUCGACCUCGACGUCGAGUACGAGGCGUAA